AUGAUUCUUCGUCAAAGACUGCAAGUGCUAACGCUCCUUUUCCUCUCGCUGCUUGCAUUCGCUUCCUAUCAUGAAUACACCGGGGGUGUUGCAUGGCUACAAUAUUUGGCGCUGAUCACCAUUCUAUCUUUCAUGUUUGUCUUCGACGUGGCCUUCACAAAUGAUUCACAAUUUAUCUUCGACCCGGAUGCGGAUAAUUGGAGACGCAAAGUGGAAUCACUUCAAGGUUAG